UUGGCACCGUUUCAGGGGGCAAAAGGUGCAAUGGAAGAGGCUGCAGCUCCCUCAGAGCCCCACGAAGCCGCCGGGGACGCAACAGAUGCCCCGGCGGCCGAAGAGGCGGCCGCUGGGCCCAGCUACCGCACGCACCCGGUCUUCCGGCGUAUGGAGCCUGGAGGCCCGCCCCCCAUCGGCACGUCACGUCUGCGAUUGGCCUACGCCUCUGUGGGCGGGGCCAGGCCCAGGGAAGGGCCCGGACCCAGCUGGCUGCAGAGCCAGCGGCGCCCAGGCCCCUGGACCAACCAAGUCGUCUGCAGGUAUUUUCGCCAUGGGAUGUGCAAGGAGGGGGAGAACUGUCGCUACUCCCACGACCUCCCGGACCCGGAGGAGGCCGGGGAGGACCGCGGGUCGCCGCCGCCCCAGGCCCCCGAGGAGGAGCUAGGCCCCGGCGCGUUUGCGGCUGCGCACUAUGAGCCAGAGAACCAGCCUCAGGAAGGGGCGUGGGCCCCGCCUCCUGACUCCUGGGGCGCCUUGCCUGCGAUUUGCUUGGUCACUGACAGGGUCUCCUUGGAAGCCGAGACUGACGAUUCAGCGCUCGGAGCUGUGGGGGGAGCAGAUGCUGAAGGCUGGGCAGCAGGUGCGCACGGCUGGGCAGCAGAUGCGCAACGCUGGGCAGGAGGUGCGCACGGCUGGGCAGCAGGUGCGCACGGCUGGGCAGCAGAUGCGCAACGCCGGGCAGGAGGUGCGCACGGCUGGGCAGCAGAUGCGCAACGCUGGGCAGGAGGUGCGCACGGCUGGGCCGGAGGUGCGCAAGGCUGGGAAACUGGCGCGCAAGGCUGUGAAGCAGGCGCGCAAGGCCGGGCAGCAGGUGCGGAAGGCCGGGCAGCAGGUGCGGAAUGCCGGGCAGCCGGUGCGGAAGGCCGGGAAGCCGGUGCGGAAGGCUGGGAAGCCGGUGCGGAAGGCUGGGAAGCCGGUGCGCAAGGCUGGGCAGCCGGUGCGCAAGGCUGGGCAGCCGGUGCGCAAGGCUGGGAAGCCGGUGCAGAAGGUUGGGCAGCCGGUGCGCAAGGCCGGGCAGCAGGUGCGCAAGGCCGGGCAGCCGGUGCAGAAGGCUGGGCAGCCGGUGCGCAAGGCUGGGAAGCCGGUGCAGAAGGUUGGGCAGCCGGUGCGCAAGGCUGGGAAGCCGGUGCGCAAGGCUGGGAAGCCGGUGCGCAAGGCUGGGCAGCCGGUGCGCAAGGCUGGGCGAAUGCCACUGAAUUUGUUCCGGGGCAACCGUACUGGGGCCGCGAGGCGUUCCCCGCUCCCGAGCUUCCCCAGCAGAACUUGGAGAUGGAAAGGGAGCGGCGGCUGUGCCGCGACGCCGCCAUGGGGCACUGCUUCCGCGGGGAGAGCUGCGCGUAUCUCCACGGCGAGCUAUGCGAGUUGUGUGGGCGGCAGGCGCUGCACCCGGCGGACGCCGCCCAGAGGGCAGACCACAUCCAGGCCUGCAUGAACCGCCACCAGCAGGAUAUGGAGCUGUCCUUCGCCGUGCAGCGCAGCGCCGACAAAGUGUGCGGCAUCUGCAUGGAGGUGGUCUACGAGAAGGCCAACGAGGGCGACCGCCGCUUCGGCAUCCUCUCCAACUGCAACCACACCUACUGUCUCAGGUGCAUCCGCACGUGGAGGACGGCCCGGGAGUUUAGGAGCAGGGUGAUCAAAUCCUGCCCGCAGUGCAGGGUCUCCUCGCGCCUGGUCAUCCCCAGCGAGUUCUGGGUGGAGGAUCCGGCGGCGAAGCAGGAACUGAUCCGGCAGUACAAGGAGGCCAUGCGCGCCAAGACCUGCAGGUACUUCGCUGUAGUCAGGGAUUGCUGCCCGUUCGGCGAGAACUGUUUUUACAGGCAUGCGGAGCCCGAGGGCCAGGGAGAGCAGGUGGUGGAGCAGGCGCAGGAGCAGGCGCAGGAGCAGGCGCAGGAGGUGGAGCAGGAGCAGGAGGUGGAGCAGGAGCAGGAGCAGGAGGAGCAGGAGCAGGAGGAGCAGGAGCAGGAGGAGGAGCAGGAGGAGGAGGAGGAGCAGGAGCCUGAGCCUGAGCCUGAGAGGCAGGGUUCUGGGGCCUCGAGCAGCCAAGAGUUGGAGCCUAAGCAGGAUUGACUCAGUUCUAGGCUAGUGUUUACAGGACUUCCACACUCAUUGUGAAGCCCCUGGAGAGUAUGUGGGACAGGGUGAAGGGAGAAGUCUUAACUGAACAGAGGAACUCUGUGCUGCUACAGCCUUAAGAAACCUGGACCCACCCCGGGGGGGCCCUGUGGCAGCUGCUCUCUCGUCUCCGCUGUUUACGUGUGCGUUUCUUCCCUGAUUCAAGUGCACUUUCUUAACUGUGGUGACCUUGUGGUUUUUUGUGAACCAGGUAUCUAUGUUUACAUGUUCUCAUCCUGCUUAACUUGAUGUGAACGUAUUUCUACUUGGAAGUAUGUAUUUCAGACUUGGCGUAUCAAUCGAUGUGCGUAGAAGUGAGUAUCCAAGUGAUGUAUUUGAGCCCUGGCCGGUUUGGCUCAGUGGAUAGAGCAUUGGCCCGCGGACUGAAGGGUCCCGGGUUUGAACUCCGGUCAAGGGCAUGUACCUCGGUUGCAGGCCUGAU